CCCGAAGGGCAUCUCUGGCGGGUCCGCGACCCCGCAGUGGCUUCCCGCGUUCCCACACCCUCCACCGCCCUCCCGCAGGACCGCGGAUGUAUUGCAAACAGGAAGCUCUUUGCAGAUAAGGCUGAGACCCAGCCUGAUUUGCUGGGAAGCCUGGCGGCCCCAGGCCACGCUCGCCUGGCCUGUGGGGCUCAGCGGCCUCUGUAAAUAGCAGCUAUGAGGCUCCCGGGCACAGUGUCCUCGCGGGUCCCCGACGGUCAGGACGUCCCCUUCGCCUGGCGUGCGCUGCAGGAGCCUGUGUCCCCCGAGCGCUCGUGAUGAAGCAGCGUCUGGCUCUGAUCGGCCUGGCCUUCCUGUGGCUGCUUCCGGGGGGACACCCUCAGCAGACAGCGGAGGACGCCUGCUCCCUGCAUAUUCUCGUCCCAGGCCUCAAAGGGGAUGCUGGAGAGAAGGGAGACAAAGGUGCACCCGGACGGCCUGGCAGAGUCGGCCCCACAGGAGAGAAAGGAGCCGUGGGCGACAAAGGACAGAAGGGCGGUGUGGGUCGCCAUGGAAAAGUCGGUCCCAUUGGUUCUAAAGGUGAAAAAGGAGAUUCUGGUGACAUGGGACCCCCUGGCCCCAAUGGAGAACCAGGCAUCCCGUGUGAAUGCAGCCAGCUGAGGAAGGCCAUCGGCGAGAUGGACAACCAGGUCACGCAGCUGACGACGGAGCUAAAAUUCAUAAAAAAUGCACUGCCCUCCCCCGCAGCUGUCGCCGGCGUGCGCGAGACGGACAGUAAGAUCUACCUGCUGGUGAAGGAGGAGAAGAGGUACGUGGACGCGCAGCUGUCCUGCCAGGGCCGCGGGGGCGCGCUGGGCAUGCCCAAGGACGAGGCCGCCAACGGCCUGAUGGCCGCCUACAUCGCGCAGGCCGGCCUGGCCCGCGUCUUCAUCGGCAUCAACGACCUGGAGCGGGAGGGCACGUUCGUGUACGCGGACCGCUCGCCCAUGCAGACGUUCAGCAAGUGGCGCAGCGGCGAGCCCAACAACGCCUACGACGAGGAGGACUGCGUGGAGAUGGUGGCCUCGGGCGGCUGGAACGACGUGGCCUGCCACGUCACCAUGCACUUCCUGUGUGAGUUCGACAAGGAGCACGUGUGAGCGGGCGGCCGUCCCCUCCGCCCCGCCCCGGGCCGCCCCUGCCCGCCCCCCCCCGUGCCCCUGCCCCCUGCGCUGGCGGCCCCCAGCCCCCCGGCUGCGUUUCUGGGCCGCGGACAGCGCGGUGCUCGGGAGGGAGGCCGCGGGGCUGGCUGGGGGCCUGGUGGCCGAGGAAGUCACCUGUUAGCCCUGCGCCGUCGCCUCCUGCUCCGUGGGGAAUUGUUACUCAGAAUCGCUCUGCCUUUGUCCAAACUAUACAAUAAAAGCUUGAAAUAUGACCGCAGUUGAGCACAAA